UACUUCCUCCUCUGAACCUCGAUUUAGUAACAGAAGCAUAGAAUGAGAAAGGAGGUCGACUGAUCAGAGACAAGGAGCUCUAUAUUUUACGAGAAGGACAGCCAUAUACAUUUCUCUAUGAGACCCCACUCUUCUCUAAAACUAGAUAAUAUUUUGAUUCUUAGUGCACGGAUUGUAAUGAACCGACACUUAAAUUAAAGCUGGAAGAUUAGAGAACAAUCCUUUUUAGUCUCAUUGCGAUAUCAGCUAAAAUUCUUAAUAUAUAAGCUAUCGUUUACAAGUUCCUCUCAUAAAUAUAGCAACUGCAUUGACAGAAUUCGUAAACACGAAUAUUUUUAACUGAGAACCGUAAACAUUAUUAAUCGGAGUGCCAUAUAGAAUUAUUAAUCAAUUAACGAAGAUGAAGGGUCAAUGAGUUUAUGAUGUUUCGACAAUUUCGUUGAUUACAACAUAACAUUUAAAGUGGUUAGCAUUAGGUUAUACAUGUUCACUUUCGAGAGAGGAUACGAGAGACAUAAAAAUGAAUAUUAACGUAUCGUUGGACGAGCCAUUGACAAGUAAUAAUUGUGUGAAGCUAGUGAUCGAACUUUUAAAAUAUAUAUUAUAUCAAAAGCAUCAAAUACCAUUCACGUACGACUCGCUGUCUCGGUUAAAAAUGGAACCAAGUGAUAGAAAUGUAGCUUCUGUAAAAACGUUGUUAAGUUCUCUGCAGAACACGUCGGAUCAGUUGAAUUCACAGUUCCAUCAGAAGGACUGCAAAGUCAAAGAGAUCGCUAUACUAAUUGGCGCAACAAUUAUAUCACCGAAGUUACAUAUCAAGGUGGAAUUUCCUCCGGACAUCCUCGACAGCCAAGAACACUUCGAUUGGAAACACGUUUCAAGGAAGCCUAUGUUAAAUUUAAUGAGAUCGAUGUUGGAGUGUUCAGAGUUUCAGGAUGCUCUGACAUCACCGUUAAAGCCCACGAACACGUUUGUGUUGAUACAAAAGAGUGACAAUAAUUCAGUGUCGGAGUACUUUUUACCUAAACCACAAUACAUACCACCCAUACAAAUCUCCAACUAUUUCGUGAUUAAACUGCAGUAUAACAAUGCUAUAAAUGAGAUUUGUAACUGCAUGAAUUUAGUGAGAGUGUACAAUGAUGUGCCUGAGCCUGGUGACUGCAAGAGGAAAGACGUUGAAUUUUUACAGAAGUCCGAUACGGGUACGAGGUCUGUUUCUUACCAAUGGUACCAGUCAAGAGAAGUGAUUAAGGGAUUCCAAUUCCUAAGAUGACGUUAAAUUUUUACACAAGUCUGAUACGGGUACGAGGCCUGAUUCUUAUUAAUGGUAUCAGUCAAGAGAAGUGAUUAAGGGAUUCUAAUUCUUAAGAUGACGAUGAAUUUAUUAACACGAUGCUAGUUAAUUGAAAGGAAAAAUUUUCUAUUAGUUCCAAUUAUUAAAACAAUUUUUAUGUUCAUCAUGUUAUUAAAGAUCUAUUAUUAAUUGCAAAUGCUAUAUAUUUUAUACAUCGAAACAACUCAUUCAUCAUGCAGUGUAUGUACAAUUGAUUUAAACAUUGAUUGUAAAUAAAGGUGUCAUAUCAUUAAUAAUCGCAAACUAAUUUUUAUUUUUGUGUAACAAAUUUACAUAAAUGGAUAUGUAAUAAUCACGAAAUAAACAUAUGUUUAAUUAA